GAGAAACUAGGGCGACUAAAAUUUCAGUGUUACUUUGACCACGAAAUCGAUGGGAUGUUGCGAGUGAAGGUGGUGAGCGCGCACGGGAUCAAGGGAUCCGAUUUAUCGGGGCUGUCUGACCCGUACGUCGUUGUCAAGUUACAUCGCGUCAACGAGUCGACGGCCAAAAUUAAGGCAACGGAGACGGUGAAGAAAACGCUCGACCCGGUGUGGAACGAGACCUUUGAGUUUGAGCGCGUAGAUCGUGGCUCAGAAUCGUACGUGACGUUUGAGUUGUGGGAUCAUGACAUGGUGGGCGACGACGAUUUACUGAGUCAAUACGCGGUGCGCGUGCGUGAAAUCAAGGCGGCG